UAUAUAGGUAAGAGAUGAGGGAACCUGACAUUCUAGAUUUGGUGAACUACAAAUAUGGGUCCUCUGUUUUGUCUGUUGGGCGUUUUCGUCAUCACUGUUGCGGGUUCCUCGUGUUCCGAUAGGAAUUCCUGUUCGAUGAAGUUAUACGAAUUCGAAAACUGCAUGAAAACUCAGGAUACCGCUGUGGAAGUCCGGUUACAGGUACUGGAAACGGAGAUGAAAGAGUUGCAUGAAGAUACCAGCUACCAUGCCUCGUUCCUUGCGGGUAUUACUCCCUCUGUCAAACUUGUCAAUAGAAGCAUUCUGAUAUUCAACAACGUAAUGCUCAACAAGGGCGGUGGUUACAACGGUACAUCUGGCAUCUUUACCGCCCCCGUUAAGGGCGUGUACUCUUUUACACUCGCAAUAGGCUUACAUUCCCCAGAGGUCGCGACCGAUCACCUUCGAUUUCAUAUCAUGAAAAAUACAGAAAUUGUUGGUUUCUUGUUCAUCGAAUGGGAGGGUAAAUGGUUGAAGAGAUCUGAGAACACUGUGGUGGACCUUCAGGCGGGAGACCAAAUUCAUGUAAUGGUGGCCACUGCUCCAGACGAGUUCGACGAGCUUUCAGGUUCUUCCCACUAUCCCGGAAGUGCGUACAAUAGCCACUUUUCUGGUUUCUUAAUUGAUCAUGGACAUUAACAGGAGGACAAGAGUCGAGUUACUUUGCAUACUUUAUGGGAAAAGGGAUCCCAUUUGGUAUUAGGACAAAUCAAGAUGAUAUAAAACCCAAAAUGAAUUUUAUUGAAAUAUGGUGUGUUUACAACAAUAGGUGUCGUAUUUCCGCUUUACGUAAACGUAUCAGUGACAAGAAAGAGAUGUAAUGUGCAUACUCAUUUGUUUGAAUAUAUGAUAGAAUACAAUAAAUUGCAAUAGUAAAGAGAGGGUCCCAGUAAGUUGUUUUUUAUUACCAGUUGUGUUGGAUUUGAUGGCUGUGCAAUACUCGCGAUUAUUCGAUACUAUCAUUGUUGAUAUACGCAUAUUGUCCGUAUUUAAUUGCUUGAAUAAGUAUAAUAUGAAUGUGACAGACCUUUGGUUUGUCUGUCCAAUAUAUAUCAACAUCCUCCGAUGUACAACGAUACCCUGGAAUUAAUUGCUGUGUAGAAGGCGUCCCAAAUUAAGUAAUUAUAAGUCUUCCACAUCUGCUUCAUACUUAAAUGUUUUAUUGAACAUAAAUCAACUUUAUAACACACAUCGCGUUUCAUGGCCAAUUUCCUUUAUGCAUCUAGCAAUAUUCCAUUAUCCAUGUAUAUGGUGAUUAUUUUUUAAUAGAUUCCAUACAAAAGAGCAUGGUUUACGUAUGAUCAGUUUUGAAUCAAGUGAGGCUAUUUACAAACAGGCUCAUGUUCAAGGGAUUUCAACAUUCUUGUUUAAAGUUAACAUUUCUCAAAUUUUAUUGUCGUUAUAACGAUGUAAUUUACAAAUAUAACCUUUACUUAGGUGGAAUGCUGUCUGACGUGUUUCAUACUAAUUGUUAGACCGUUCUUAUCAUACUGAUGUUGACGUCGGAUCUCUCCGUGUACCUGAUUAGGAUUUAGGGUAUUGAAAUGAGGACUUGUUGGAGCUAGAAGUAUAGCCUGUCUUGUCUUCUUCACACGCAUCACUGCUCGUUAUCUUCACUGUGUUAAUCAACCACCAAUAAUCGAUUUUUGUUAGUGUAGAAUUUAUGUAGAUCAGAUUGAUUUCAUUAGGAUAUGUACCGAGGAAGAACGUUAUAAAGAAAGGUGAAGAUUCUGAUUACGAACAGUGAUCAAUCUCAUAACUCCUGUAAAAAAUACAAAAUAACUAUCAUAUAGUUUACUGAUGUAGAAAUGUAAAAUUAUUAUUAUGGCUGCUUUACAUCAUUUCCAUAGCCAAAUAGUAUUUUAUGAUAUAUCGGAAAAUCCCUAAUUAUGUGAAGUCAUACAACACUCAUAGACGAACUAUUGUAAUAUUUUCGAGAGGCAUCGAUUCAUAUACCGGUAAAUUACAGUAAAGUCAACAAAUAUUCUAAUCAUCUUACGUCCUUAAUGAUUUAUCGGGAUAUAUGUAGCAGUUUGUCGAAAGUAAAUCUUAAAACAAAAGCGUGGUGGUGGUUAAAUUAUUCUCCAUUUAACAAAGAAAGAACAGGACGAAAACUUUAAAAAUCAAAAUAAUUUGCUUUGUCAGAAUUAUUUCUUAACAUUAUUCAAACGUACUUAUUUCAUUUCCUCGAUAUAUUUUAUUGAUUUAAAACAUGACAUCACAUUUUUCUGAUGAACUUUUCUAACCCAAUUCAGAUAUAUAGAGGAGAUUCAAUGUUUCAUUAAUAGAUUUAGAAUUUAUUUCAAGAGUAAGAUGGGAAUUUUAUGUUUAUUUUCACGAGUGGGAAACACGACUGAAAAUGUUAAGAACUCCUGUCUCACUCGGGAAAUCAAUUCUAUACCCAACAAUAACACACGUUGAAUUUUUUGUUUGUUACAUAUUCGGCAGUUUUUCCUCAAACAUAUUUUGCUGUCCCUAUAUUGACGUUCAAAACAAUAUUGCGCAGAAAAUAUAGAACCUUAAAAAAUAUGCAAAAUAUAUUUGAAUCAAUAUAUUUGAAAAAUGAGAAUCUUUAAUUCAAUUUUAUUUUGGGUAUUCAAAUAAAAAAAACAUGAAAAAUUAAUAUAUAUAUAAUAUAAAAUGAAGGUGAUCUUAUGUAUCGCGGAUGAAUAUUUUGGUACGUAGUCCCUGGCUGUUAUUUUUACACUGGGAAGUAAAACUUAUUUGUUAUUUUCACAGUGUGAAAAUAAGAACUUUGAAAAUAUGAAUUUUUGUUCAAUGGAUAAAUUUCAGUAUUUCACUGUAGAAAAUGUAUAUUAUAGGGUUAUUAAACUUAUAUUAGUGAAUAUUGGCACGAGUUGGCUGUGAAAAUGCACGAGCUUGCGAGUGCAUUUUGACAGCCAACGAUGCAUGGAGUUGGAAACCAGAAAAUGUAGAUUAACGCUAGUAGCAUUGAAACCAUCUGAUCAGACCAUUGACCAUACAGGUGCCUCUGUUUCAUUCAAAACUAUCAACUUGACAGUGUGUUGUCUGCGAAUUCUUCACGACAGCUUCAUGUGUCCAAAGUGGUUGUAACUUCGACUUCUCCUUAUUUUAUUUUCCUUACUUAAUAUGACUUACCAAGUUGCCUUUACUUGUUACUUGAUAAAAGGCAGCGAAAACAGGACAGUGAUGUGAUUUAAAAAAUGUCAUUUAUUUUGAAAAUGAUGAAGUAAUAUAACAGAAUAGCUAGUGGGGGUCAGAAUGAGUCGAAAACAUAAAUACAAGAACAUAUGUAUCACAUAUGUAUGAUUAUGCAAUUUGACCCCCUAUAACACAUAAUGAAAUAUCGAAAUAGAGCUGCCUGCAAUCAAAUAAGGUGGAUUUUAAAAAUUAAACAGGUUCUUAUUUUUCUUCACGGUUUCAAUUUAGCAUGCGCUAAAUAACAUUCUCAUGAGAAUGGUAAUUAAUAGUUUUAGCUAAGAGGUUUGAACUAUAUUUGAGAUUGUUCAUAAUUGCCCUCCUUUUGGCCUUCAUUCUUAUGAAUGGUUUAAAAUGCUAGUACUUGCUUUUUAAGUUUAGGAUGACCUACUGUAAUCGCAAAGUUGAAAUGUACUAUUUACAAAAAUACUAGUACUAGUAAUUACUUUUUAAUGAAGAUGACCAGCAAAGGUGAAUUGUACUAUUUACCAAUAUACUAGUACUAGUAAUUGCUUUUUAAUUAAGAUGACCCGUAGAGGUGAAUUGUACUAUUCACAUAAAACUCUUCAUUUUAAUGUAGUGUACAUGUAUACUUCUGCCGUGCUACCACGCUGCUGUAGAAUGCUAUCUGUUUGUUUCAUGUACUAAGUUAUUCUAUCAUUGAAUAAACUUUUUUAUUAUAUAUCUAAUAAAUAGUCUAAUAUAAAAUCUGCGUAAAAUCUAGAGAAUGUUAGCGUUCAAUUGUAGUUUGAUUGAAAGGCGAUAUAAAUCAACAACUCAAUACUUUAGGGUUAUUGAACUUAUAUUGGUGUAUAUUGGCACUCGUUGUGUCACAAUACUGUAGGUCACAUCAAGCAUCAGUUUGAAUUAUGAAUUGGGAUGUAGUUAAUUCAGAUAGCAAAAAAGAAAAUGAAAAAAAAAAACCUUUAUUGUGAAUGAUAUCAUCUACGAUUAUCUUAAGUGGGGGAAUUAUGUCUUACAUGGCAAAAAUAAGAAUGUAAAAUAAUUACAUCCUACGGCCAAGUAGGCACACACUAUAUAGGUAAGAGAUGAGGGAACCUGACAUUCUAGAUUUGGUGAACUACAGAUAUGGGUCCUCUGUUUUGUCUAUUGGGCGUUUUCGUCAUCACUGUUGCGGGUUCCUCGUGUUCCGAUAGGAAUUCCUGUUCGAUGAAGUUAUACGAAUUCGAAAAUUGCAUGAAAACUCAGGAUACUGCUGUGGAAGUUCGCCUACAGGUACUAGAAACUGAGCUGAAAGAGUUGCAUGAAGAUACCAGUUACCAUGCCUCGUUCCUUGCGGGUAUUAUUCCCUCUGCCAAACUUGUCAAUAGAAGCAUGCUGAUAUUCAACAACGUAAUGCUCAACAAGGGCGGUGGUUACAACGGUACAUCUGGCAUCUUUACCGCCCCCGUUAAGGGCGUGUACUCUUUUACACUCACAAUAGGCUUACAUGCUCCAGAGGUCGCGACCGAUUACCUUCAAUUUCAUAUCAUGAAAAAUACAGAAAUAGUUGGUUUCUUGUUCAUCGAAUGGGAGGGUAAAUGGUUGAAGAGAUCUGAGAACACUGUGGUGGACCUACAGGCGGGAGACCAGAUUCAUAUAAUGGUGGCAACUGCUCCAGACGAGUUCGAUGAGCUUCCAGGUGCUUCCCACUAUCCCGGAAGUGCGUACAAUAGCCACUUUUCUGGUUUCUUAAUUGAGCAUGAACAUUAACAGAAGGACAAGAGUGGAUUUAGUAUGCAUCCUUUGUGGGAAAAGUGAUCCCAUUUGGUAUAAGGGUAAAUCAAGGUGAUACAUAAACCAAGGUUAAUCGGAGACUGAAAUAUGGUGUGUAUGCAACAAUAGCUGUUGUAUUUCCGCUUUACGUAACCGUACCAGUGACGAGAAAGAGAUAUAAUGCGCAUACUCAUUUGUUUGAAGAUAUGAUAGAAUACAAUAAAUCACAAUAGUAAAGAGAAAGUCUCA